CAGGCACCCACCAAUGGCAAAAAACGCACAACAAUGCGUGCCAAAGUCGCCGCAGCCUCGCGCCCUGCAACCACAGCUCCCGACGUCAAAACCUCAUCAGCAAACACAAAAGCCGGGAAGCGAGCACUGAAACACGAUUCACUCAUCUCCCGCAUCGAAAAGUCACACAAGAAGCCUUUGAAACGCCGCCGUCCGGGCAAGAAGCUGAACACCGCUUUGGACUCGCUUGCCGAUGCUUUGCCAGAGCUGGAAGAGAACAGUGAUGACGAAUGGGAAGGAAUUGACGAGGAUAACAAGGAAGACGAUGGAAAGAUGAAGUUGAAGACGCUCAAAUCACGACCCGGUGCUAUGAAGAGGAAGCAAAAGAUGGAGGAGAGUGAGAAGGAGAGAUUCGGAAAGAAUUUGGCAAGCAUGAGUGUGCCUACUCAGGCUGCCCCUGAUGCCAGCGGUUCUGCCAACAGAUGGGCUGCUCUUCGUGGCUUCAUCGGUCAGACUCUGGAACAGAACCCUGGUUUUGUCAAGAAGCCUUGA